CAAUCAGACAAAUAACAUCUGCCAAUUCCAAAACCAAAAUGAGAAGGAUAGAGUUUGUCCUGUUUUCGCUGUUGUGUUUUGUGGGAACAGUUUCUGGUGCCACCAGAGUGUACUUCAUAGGAAUCAAGGAGAUUGAAUGGAAUUAUGCUCCUAGUGGAAAGAACUUGAUUCUCAAUAAAACUUUGAAGGAGGACGAAUCUGCAAGCACAUUCCUGGAGCGAGGGGAUACUCGAAUUGGGAGCGUUUACAAGAAGGCUGUAUACGAGCAGUACACUGAUGCCACCUACAGGCAGAUUUUGGACAAGCCAGGAUGGCUGGGUUUCCUGGGGCCAGUCAUCUCUGCUGAGGAGGGAGACACAGUCAUUGUCCAUCUGAAAAAUAUGGCCUCUAGGCCAUACACCUUACAUGCGCAUGGACUCCACUAUAACAAAACCAAUGAAGGUGCCAUGUAUCCUGAUAAUACAGAAAAAGAGGAGAAAAAUGAUGAUUAUGUCAGCCCCGGGAAGAGCUAUACCUACAUCUGGCAGCUGUCCGCAUCCCACGCACCCUCAAAAGAUGACACCAACUGCUUGACACGGGUGUAUCACUCACAUCUCAACGCCCCGAAAGAUAUGGCCUCUGGGCUCAUUGGCCCACUUGUUAUAUGCAAAAAAGACACGCUGGACAUUCAUGGUGACAAGGCUGCAGACUACCUGUAUGUGCUGUUGUUUACCGUCUCUGAUGAGAACCUGAGCUGGUACCUAGAUGACAACAUCAAGACGUACUGCAAGACCCCUGCCAAAGUAAACAAAGAGGAUGAGGAUUUCCAGGAGAGCAACAAAAUGCACUCGAUCAAUGGCUAUCUUUUUGGAAACCUUCCUGGGCUGACAAUGUGCGUCGGAGACAAGAUCCACUGGCACCUAUUGGGCAUGGGCAAUGAGGUGGAUAUGCAUUCCGUCUUCUUCCAUGGCCAAAUCCUAACAGACAGGAAGCACCAUGUGGACACCAUCAGCCUUUUCCCAGCCUCCUUUGUAAAUGCAGAGAUGGAGCCUGCCAACCCAGGACGCUGGCUGCUCAGCUGCGAAGUCAAUGACCACACAGGCGCUGGUAUGCAAGCCUUUUAUGAGGUAAAGAACUGUUUUCCCAAUGUUCACAAACCGAGACCACAUGGUGAGGUCAGGGAGUACUACAUUGCUGCUGAAGAGGCAAUCUGGGACUAUGGACCAACGCAGAUCAACAAGUUCACAGGAAAGCCACUGAAGUCUGACAGUGAAUCAGAGACGUUCUUUGAGACUGGCGAUGACAGGAUUGGAGGAAAGUACAAGAAAGCUGUGUAUGUGGAAUACACUGACAGCACCUUCACCAAGCGCAAGGACAGGACCCCAGAGGAGGAGCACUUGGGGAUUCUGGGUCCUGUGAUUAGGGCAGAAGUGGCGGAUACUAUUCGGGUGACGUUCCGGAACAACGCCACUCGCCCCUACAGCAUUCAGCCACAUGGCGUGCAGUACAGCAUCAAACAAGAGGGAACUCUCUACAACUCCAUUCCUGAAGAAACCUCUCGAUCCAAAAUCCUCCUCCAGAAAAUCAAAAAUGAAGGUCCUCCAACUCCACCCCCUGCCUCUCAAGUGCUCCCAGGCUCCACCUAUACCUAUGAGUGGGUAGUGCCAAAGGACGGGGGCCCAGUUGAGGACGAUGCAGACUGCAUCACCCACCUGUACUACUCUGCUGUGGACUCGGUCAGAGACACCAACUCAGGACUGGUGGGGCCCCUGCUGGUCUGCAAGCAAGGCACAUUGAAGUCAGGGAAACAGAAAAAUGUCAAGAAAGAGUUCCACCUGUUAGUUACUGUGUUUGAUGAGAACCUCAGCUGGUAUCUUGAUGACAACAUCAAGCAAUUUGCAAAAUCUCCCCAAACAGUCAAUAAGGAGGAUGAAGACUUCCAGGAGUCCAACAAGAUGCACUCAAUUAAUGGCUACAUGUACGGGAACCUGCGAGGACUCACCAUGUGCAAAGGAGAGACGGUGUCGUGGCAUCUCUCUGGGCUGGGGACAGAAGUUGAUAUCCAUGGCUUGUUUUUCCAAGGAAACAGAUUCACUGUCCAAGAAACCAGGAGAGAUACAAUCAAUCUGUUUCCUCACAUUUCUCACACAGUAAUCAUGGAGCCAGACAGCAUGGGGGAGUUCGGGCUGGUGUGUAGGACAGUUGACCACUACCGAGCAGGCAUGAGAGCCACUUACACAGUAGAGAAGUGCCAUUGGUGGAACACUGACACCGAGAUCAUGCUCCACCAAAAGAAGUACUACAUAGCAGCUGUGGAGAUGGAGUGGGACUACUCACCUAAUCGCACCUGGGAAGAGACAAUGCACAUGGGCCUGGAUGACAGUCCUGGCAACGCUUUCAUAGACAAAGAGGACAGAUUCAUCGGUUCCAAAUACAAGAAGGUCCUGUACAGAGAGUUCACUGAUGACACCUUCACCAAGCCAAAAGAGAGACCCGCAGAUGAGGAGCAUUUGGAAAUUCUGGGGCCCUUCAUUCGUGCAGAAGUUGGCGACAAAGUGACGAUUGUGUUUAAAAACAUGGCAAGCAGGCCAUACUCUAUAUAUGCACAUGGAGUGAAGACAGAAAGCCCCCAAAUUUUCGAGACUCCACCAGGUGAAAUACAUACAUAUACCUGGUACAUCCCAAAGUCUGCUGGACCAGGAGCAGGACAGGAGGAGUGUAUCAUUGGGGCUUAUUUCUCUACAGUGGAUGUGAACAAGGACCUAUACAGCGGUCUGAUUGGACCCCUGGUCACCUGCAGGCGAAGCCUGCUGAGGAAGAUUGGGCUGAAGAAGGAGAUUGAGGAGUUUGCUCUGCUCUUCAUGGUGUUUGAUGAAAAUGAAUCCUGGUACCUGGACGAGAACAUCAAGACCUAUGUCCCCAAUGUCAGCAAAGCACGCAAAGAUGAUGAAGAAUUCAUUGAGAGCAACAAGAUGCAUGCAAUCAAUGGCAGAGUCUAUGGCAAUGUGCAGGGACUGACAAUGCAUGCAGGAGACAAGGUGUACUGGUACUUAAUGGGAAUGGGCAACGAGGUGGACAUACACACUGCACACUUCCACGGUCACAGCUUUGACUACAAGCUGAGUGGUACCCACCGUACAGACGUGUUCGACCUGCUCCCCGCCACCUUCCAGACUGUGGAGAUGCGGCCGGAGUACCCAGGCACCUGGCUGGUGCACUGCCACGUCACGGACCACAUCCAGGCAGGCAUGGAGGCUACCUACACUGUACUGGAGAAAGAGGGGUCCAAAGGCGUGAAGGGUUUUUUCAAAGGCUUGUUCACAAAGAGCUAGAAGAAAAGCAACCAGCCUUCAUGAGAUAUUCACUGUUUUAUACGUCUUUUUUUAAAUAAUGUCAAUGCAUUUUUAAUAAAGUUAAACAAAGA